AUGGUGACACAGGCUUGUACGCCAAAGCCGCUCCUGGACUUUGUCCGCGGUCGGCAUGAUCUCCUAAAUCACCCUCUACUAUGGACUUGGAAGCAUCUCGAAUCGCUGGGAUGCCAAUUCGACGAUCUUGAGACGUCCGCUUACUCCGAGUCCGCGCCGAAGGAUUCCCAGGGUACUGCCGAUGCUGAAGCGCUAGCUCGUCGUCUGUUUCCCGAGGUGAAGCUCCGUUCUCUCUGCAGACUCUUGUUAGGCGAGGGGCGGGAUUUCGCACGCGCUCGCCAAGGGUCCCACUUCUACUUCCAAGGCCGGCCGAUCCACCGCCCAUCUUAUAUGGCGUUCUAUCGUCGUGAAGCCCCACUCGAUAAUAGCUCGCCGCCGCUGGUGGGCUACAUACAUUAUACCGAUCUCAAUGAAGACCGCAUAGACCAUUGCGAGGGCCUUGCCCGAGCAAGCAGAGUGCCUGGUCGGCGUCAAAAACUUCUCGCUCUCAUAGCUCCAAGGGACUGGACCGAAGACCCUUACUUCCAUUUCAUUCUGCUGGCUCUUGCACAGCGUCAACGCGUUCUCAGACUCAGAUCCCCCGGACCAGAACUAGAAAGUCGCUUUGUUUCUCGUCUUGUUGUGACGCACGCUUUAGAUCAGGAAUCAAUACUCCUCUGUGAAGCUGCAAUCACCACCGAUAUUCUUGACGCGCUCGGAAACCUGAAGUCUGCCGUAAUGCCCAUAACGUGGCCUACGAUUCAUCGGAAGAUGAUUCCUUACAAGCCAUAUGACACCUUUGCCGGCCGCCUCAGGGACCAGCUAGUGGUAUCCAGUCCAUCGAAACUUUUCGACCAUGUGAACGAUGCCACCAGCUAUGAAACGAAAAGACGCCAAGGAAUGGACGACGAUGGGGAAGACGACUGUUCCACGGAAAAUUCGGCGAAUACCCGACACAUGAGCUGGUGA